CUUGGGCAGUGCCAGGCGCCUGGCUGGGGUUGGGCAAGGCCGUCCCUCCGCGAGGCCCCUCCUGCCGCGGGCUGCGUGGGGACGAAAACCCGAAGUGGAUUCCUCGGCUCCGGGCUGCGGCGCCGGGGCGGGUGGCCGCACUGGGCAUGUGCGAGCGUGCUCAGUCCCGGGCCGGCCUCCCGAGGUUGCAGGGAGCCGGCCGGCGGCGGCGGCGGCUGGAGCCGGAGUCGGAGCCGGAGCCUGAGCUGCUGCUGCCGCGGCUGCCGCCAGUGCGGGCGCGGCGGGCGGCGGGGCUCUCUCUGGAACUCGCUGCACUUUUGGAACGUUGAUACAUUGUGCCGCGCGCCGCGCGCUCUCAUUGGCCGCCGGGCCCGGCCACGCGCUGCUCCGAUUUGCCCCGCGGCCCGCCGGGCUCGGAGCGUUCCGGAGGGAGCCCGGGCAGCUCCUCAGCUCCGCUUCCGAGGGCGGCCCCGGCCCCGGCCUCAGCGUGCGGGCCGCUGCGGGCGGGCGAUGGCCCUGCGGCCUCUCGGGAGUCUUUGUGGCCUGGGGCAGCGGCGGCGGCGGCGGCGGCUGCUGCGGGGAGCCUGAGAGCGGCGGCGGCGUGUGGAUGGGCCCCGGGAGUCCCGCACCAUGGAGGGGGUGCUCUACAAGUGGACCAACUACCUGAGUGGUUGGCAGCCUCGGUGGUUUCUUCUCUGUGGGGGGAUAUUAUCUUAUUAUGACUCCCCCGAAGACGCGUGGAAGGGCUGCAAAGGAAGCAUCCAAAUGGCGGUCUGUGAAAUUCAAGUUCACUCCGCAGAUAACACCCGGAUGGAUCUGAUCAUACCUGGGGAGCAGUACUUCUACCUGAAGGCCAGAAACGUGGCAGAGAGACAGCGGUGGCUGGUGGCCCUGGGCUCAGCCAAGGCUUGCCUCACGGACAGCAGGGCCCAGAAGGAGAAAGAGUUCACUGAAAACACGGAGACCUUGAAAACCAAGAUGUCGGAGCUCAGGCUGUACUGUGACCUCCUCGUGCAGCAGGUGAACAGAACAAAAGAAGCCACAGCGGCCAGCGUGGGGGACGUGAAGGAGGGGAUCGACGUGGGCACUCUGCUGAAGUCAACCUGCAACACUUUUCUGAAGACACUGGAAGAAUGUAUGCAGGUUGCGAAUGCGGCCUUCACAUCAGAGCUGCUGUACCGGACCCCCCCGGGCUCCCCCCAGCUGGCGGUGCUCAAGCCCAGUAAGACGAAACUUCCCAUCAUGCCGAUUCACAGUGCUCUGGAAAGGCAGAUAGAAUUGAACAGCUGUGAAAAUGGGUCCUUAAAUACGGAAACGAGCAAUUCCGAAGAAACCCUAAUUAAAAGCAAGAUCCCUUUAUGUACGAAGCCUACCGAGAAGGGGAACCGCUCGUCAACUGAAGAGCAUGCAGAAGAUCAUUUAAUAGUCCAGAGUGAUGGAAUCAAGGAUGAUGGAGAAAGAGACGUGGAAGCGCCUCCUGAGAGUGACGUGGAGCCCCCAUGGGAGCAUCCCAGGGGCAUGAAUCCUGUAAGUGAAUCUCCUGGGGCACCACUGGAAGAGGAAAAGGAGUUGGUCCAGACUUUCUUCAGUGCCAUGAAUACAAGCUUUAGCGACAUUGAACUCCUGGAAGACAGCGGCAUCCCCACCGAAGCAUUCCUGGAGUCGUGCUACGCCAUAGUUCCGGUUCUCGAUAAACUUGGCCCGACAGUCUUUGCUCCUGUUAAAAUGGACCUUGUUGGAAAUAUUAAGAAAGUUAAUCAGAAGUACAUCACCAACAAGGAAGAGUUUACCACCCUCCAAAAGAUCGUGCUGCAUGAAGUGAGGGCGGACGUAGCUCAGGUCAGGAACUCGGCCACGGAGGCCCUCUUGUGGCUAAAGAGAGGACUGAAGUUUUUGAAGGGUUUCUUGACGGAAGUGAAGAAUGGAGAAAAGGAUAUCCAGACGGCCCUCAACAAUGCCUACGGCAAGACGUUGCGGCAGCACCACGGAUGGGUGGUUCGAGGCGUCUUUGCGCUAGCACUAAGGGCAGCUCCAUCCUACGAAGAUUUCGUGGCGGCGCUGACCAUCCGGGAAGGGGACCAUCGCAAAGAGGCCUUUAGCCUCGGGAUGCAGAGAGACCUGAACCUUUACCUGCCAGCCAUGGAGAAGCAGCUGGACGUCCUGGACAGCCUGUAUGAAGCCCACGGUCUGGAGUCUAAUGAAGUGGUCUGACCACCGUGGACCAGUGCCUCCUCACAACUUCAGGGAAUGACACGGGAUCCGAUCUUGGCUUUCCAAGGCUCACUUCCAUCAGCCUCCUCCUUCCUCCCCCUGCUUCCCCCUGGCAAGUGACGGGGCCAGGCGGAGCCCCCCACCCUUCUGUGUCAAAACUCCCAAUGCCCGCACAUCUGUGUGUGUAAGGACCCAGGUGCUAUGUCCUGGUUCUGAGGGCCCGUCAGGCACCAGAUUGUCCAGGGGGCCCUGGCGUGUGCUCUGACCGACCCACACGAGGCCAGGAGGUCGGCCCUCACCAUCCUCAUCUCAGAGGCUAAACUGGGCAUGAGUUCUUUGACAAAGAUUAACGUUUGCAGGGGAUUGUUUGCACCUCUCCCAGACUUCAGCCAAUAAUGUUUUUGAGAUGAUUGAAAACAGAUGCUAACAGAGGCGCCAUCCCCCUUUGUUCUCUCCUCCUAUUUCACCUUCUCUGCGGAUGCUUCCUUGGCUGUGGCCCAGAGCAUCCUCCACGUAUCUGGGGGCUCAGACCCCGGAGGAUGGCCCUGUCCUCUCUGGAUCACCACACCCACCUGGUCCUGCCCCAGGGGAAGUCAGGAAGAAACAGGAAUAACCGCGGUGGUCAUCACGGCUCACCUUCUUGUAACGCUCUCCCCGACAGAGGGCUUCCCCAGCAUUCUCUUGGAGUAAUGUAGGUGCCGUGUCCAUUUACAGUGGAAGAAACUGAGUCAGAUGGAGGUGAUGCUUAGAAUGCAUCUCCUAUAUGGAGGCCUGCUCUCUCAUUGGGGUGAGUGGGCCGAGGCCUUCUCCUUCACGGGAUGAUCACCUAGCAGGUGUGCUCCCCAAUUUCUGUGUUUCCCAUCUGGUUUGCGUGCAGAUGAGCAUCACAAAGGCAGCUUGGGGACAGUGACCUCGCGGCAGACCUCCCAGAGGAACACAAGCCUCCCUGAGACACACACACAGAGCCCUCCUUUUCUCCCAAAGCUUCCUGCAGAAGGACAUCAUUCCCAUCG